AUGCCUCAGCCUGCUAAACCUCCCAUGACCCUGCGGGAGGCGAAGCGGGCAUACAAAAAAGAUGGUGCCCCGUUUCAAUUCACCGCGUCGCAGAUGGCGCGUGCAGACCGACAGGACGUACGGGAGGAACAACGCAAGAAAGCGAUCGACAGGGAAAAGCAACGGCAAGAGAACAAACGCAAACGAGACGAAAAGCUAGAGCGAGAACGCACCGUCAAGCAAAAGAUGCUGGACGAGGGCAGGAUCAAACUUGAGGAUACUUGGGGGAAAGUCACCGCAAGCCAGCCACGAUUGAGCAGGUUCUUCGUACCGCGCCCGGCCCUGGUGCCUGCGAAGCGAAGUAUCCGAGAUGAAAUGAUAGAGGACCAGGAAUCAGCUCUUAAUGAGAAGCCUCACAGCCAGGAACAAAGAGAACAUGUUGACAGGGUUCGGGAGGAGCAAGUAACGAAGGAGUCAGACAGGAUUUUCUCUGUUGCUCACACAAUGGCCGACACUGACGGUCAUAACAAGACAUCUCCAACACAAAAUCCGUCGGCAUCCCUCUCAUCCCUCUCGCGCAUUUUCUGUCAACCUCAUCGACCUAGUAGGUCUCAAGGUGGGGAGGAGAGGCAAAAUCUCCGGAGCCAGCCAGCGGCCCUACAGGAACUCAGCACAUCGCAGACAAAUGUGCGUUCGAGGGUGAAGCAACGGCCAUCCCAGUCACUCAAGAGUGGAAGCAAUCCAAGCUUCGCGGAAAGAAGUUUGGAGGGAAACAAUCAAGCUAUCCCUCUGUCAUCACAGGCUGCAAGCAGAUCUUCGACAGGCGUGUUGGCAUUCCCUGAGAGCAGCCCAAUUUCAGACUCUCUGCCUUCCCAGUUGGACAAUCCAGGAGUACUAGAUAACUCAAAGGAUGGGGAGGGUACACAAAAGACCUAUCACAGCCCGACAGGUUCCGAAGUCAACGCAGAAACCUGCAAUGCCAACCCAUCAACAUCAGGCCUCGACACGGACGAGGAAGACGACUUCACAGACGGCAUGGAUGAUGAGACAUUCCUGAUGCUCUGCUCGACGCAAAAGCCUACAGAAGCCGGAGUGACUGCGGAGCAUAUAUGUUCAGCGAUAGAGCAGGGAGAAGCUCGCUUGACUGACAUCUCAGCCGCACCGGUAUCUGCACCUCCAAAGAAAGAAGGAGAUCAAGCCUGCCUUGAUUCAAAGCCUCCAGCAGAUGCGGCGGUGGCUCCCACGCCUAUCAUCGUAUACGAAAGUUUCAGUGCUGAAUUCAAUGAGAUCGAAGACGACGACCUGAUUGCUCUUGCGGAGCAAGUCGAGGCUGAUAUUGCCACUCAACCAACCCACAUGGGUACUCCAUCCGUCCCUGUAAUUAGCAAUUCUCCGCCGAGACGAGAACCUGCAUCAGACCCAUUUCUGAAGCCAGCACACAAGUCCGACUUCAGACGAAAGAUAGAGACAGAUGUUGCGCCGGAAGAUUUCGACGCACCUGGCCCCUCGACGCAGGCGUUGAUGGUCGAACUGGCCGAGCAAGCUGAAGCGGCGCUUGGACAAUGA